GGCAGCUCACUGUGACAGGGCGGAAAUGCAAACACCCGUCUCUGGUGAGCCAGGCUGUGAAAACCAACACAAGGAAGUUGCUUUGCUGCUGUGCAAAGUCAUCAGAGAGAAGUGUGUGCCCAGGAGACAGGACCUCCUGAACUGUUGGCCUUCAACUUGCAGGACAAGAAAAAGAUUCUCAGCGGAGCCCCCAGCCCUGCAGGCUGCUGGAGGUGGCCGAACCUGGACGGAUGUGGCCAGCAGGGAACCUAGCGCCUGCCCAUUGCCCUCAGUGGAGCUGUGUACCAGGAAGCCCCCACUCGGCUCAGAGAGCUCAGCUUUGAGGAUGGAGUCAGGAGGGGGAUCUCCAGGGCCCCCUGCCCCCAUUAUUGCCCUAGGGAUGCCAGAUGCCGGGCCUGGCUGUUGCUCUGUGGAGCUGCCGAGCACAGACCAGGGGAAGCUCCAAGCUCUGCCCAUCGGGCUGGGUGCCCACAGUGGGAACCCUGUCCCCGGGAGUGCUGGCAGCCAGGCCACUGCAGGAGAUAGCCCCCUGGACACAGGCCCCACUGGGGGGCCCAGCAGGGGCACAAAGAUCCCUAACUGGGACAGCAGGAUCGGCAGUCCAUCCUAUAGUGUGGCCGAGGGGCACAUCCCCCGCGAGGAAGGCAGGGAGGUGGGCUCAGGCCACGCCGUCCAGGGGCUGCUCCUGGCGAGGGCCCCCGAUGACAAAGCCCUGCGGGAGGAGGCCGACAGUGACGUGGGUGAGGACAGCAGCGAGGAGCCCAAUCCUGAGGACAGCCCCCUGAGGGCUGACGUGGACCCUGCCAAGUGCUCUGGGCCCCAGAAGCUGCUCCACAUUGCCCAGGAGCUCCUGCGCACCGAGGAGACCUAUGUGAGGCGGCUGCACCUGCUAGACCAGGUCUUCUGUGCCCGGCUGACAGCAGCAGGAAUCCCCCCGGAAGUCACCACGGGCAUUUUCUCCAACAUCUCCUCCAUCUACCGCUUCCACGGGCAGUUCCUCCUGCCUGAGCUGCGCACGCGGAUCACUGAGGAGUGGGACACAAAGCCCCGGCUUGGAGACAUCCUGCAGAAGCUGGCCCCAUUCCUCAAGAUGUAUGGCGAGUAUGUCAAGAACUUCGACAGGGCAGUGGAGCUGGUGAGCUCCUGGACUCAGCGCUCACUGUUGUUCAAGGACAUCGUGCACGGCAUCCAGAAGCAGGAGGUGUGUGGGAAUCUGACGCUGCAGCACCACAUGCUGGAGCCUGUGCAGAGGGUGCCCCGCUAUGAGCUGCUGCUCAAGGACUACCUGCUGAGGCUCCCAGGGGAUGCCCCUGACCGGAGAGACGCACAGAGAUCCUUGGAGCUCAUCUCCACAGCCGCCAAGCACUCCAACGCUGCCAUUCGGAAAAUGGAGAAGAUGCACAAGCUCCUGGAGGUGUACGAGCGGCUGGGAGGGGAGGAGAACAUUGUCAACCCUGCCAACGAGCUCAUCAAGGAGGGCCACAUUCAGAAGCUGUCGGCCAAGAGUGGCGCAGCCCAGGACCGCCACCUCUUCCUGUUCAACAGCAUGAUCCUUUACUGCGUGCCCAAACUGCGGCUCAUGGGGCAAAAAUUCAGUGUCCGGGAGAAGAUGGACAUUUCGGACCUCCAGGUGCAGGAUGUCGUCAAGCCGAACUCAGCCCCCACUUUCAUCCUAGUGGGAAGGAAAAGGUCCCUGGAGCUGCAAACACGGACAGAAGAGGAGAAGAAAGAAUGGAUUCAGGUCAUCCAGGCCACCAUGGAGCAGCACAAGCAGAACAGUCAGAGCUUCAAGGCCUUCAGCAGCUCCUUCGGCCAGGAUGAGGCCACUCUCACUCCAGAACUCCCUAUGGUGGGCCCUGGCUUUGAGGAGCCCGUGGGGGCCCAUGGCAGAGGGGCGGCUGCAGCGACUGGGAUGCUGACUGCAGCCGUUCACCUCCCGCAGCCUGAGCCCUGGAGGGGGUCCUCUAAGAGCAGGUGGGACAAGGAGAAGCAGGGCUGCUGGAGCUGUGGGGAGACCUUCAACUCCAUCACCAAGAGGAAGCACCGCUGCAAGCUAUGCGGGGUGAUCAUUUGUGGGAAGUGCUCUGAGUUCAAGGCUGAGAAUGGCAGGCAGAGCCGUGUCUGCCGAGGGUGUUUCCUGAUGCAGCCGGUGGCUCCCACGAGCCUGAGCCUCGAGGUGCUGCCUGUGUCCGAGCACAGCACAGAGGAUGGCCAGCCACUGCAGGCCCUGCCCCUCUCCAGCUGCACAGUGAGCGUGGACCCUGCGGAGGGGCUGCACACAGGCGUGUGUGGCGGCUGCGCCCAGCCCUGCAGGCCCUGUACCUGAGUGCUUCUUCACCAAGCUGCAGCAGCGCUGGCUGGAGGCUCUGACCACUGCCACCCAAGGAGCCCAGGCCCCGCGCAGCCUGGGGGCCCCGCAGUCACAGGCUCCAGCACCCGUGAGCUGAAUCUUGGCCACACCUUCAGCUCUGUGAGCCCCCAGGGCAGAGCCUGUGCUCAUCUGGGAGGUGGUGUCAGAGGCCACAUGAUGGCACAAAGGGUGCCAGGAUUGUGGAGGUGCCCACAGGCCACAGAGCACUUGGCCCUGGAGCACCCCUCUGCUUCAGAGGGGAGGAAACAGAGGCCCAGAAGGGCAACCAUAUGCCCAGAGUCACCUGGCACAUCACAAAGAGCCUGGCCUCUGCCAGCAGCCCCAGCAGCAAGCCCAGGGCGGGGCGCCGGCUGACAACGAGCCAGGCCCAAACCAUGUGGCCAUGCAGAAUCUGGCUCAGGAAGGUGGAGUGAGCACCCUGGUUGGGGCCCAGAGACGCUUGGUGGAGCCCGUGGUCAUGCUGUCCCUCUGUCUGCUGCCUGCCUGUCAGCGCCAUUUACUCUGUGAGCCGAACCUGACAAGCCCCGCCUCCUCCUCCCCCCUCUGCCCUCUUCUGGCAGCUGGCUACCAUGGGAGCACCCCCAUGGGGAGUGUGGGCCAUGGGCCUGGGCCUGCCCCACCAGACCUUGCUGAGAACCUCACCAGCAUGCCCACUGGCAUCACGUGGUGGACUGAGGUCUGUGCCUGUGCCCCUGGUGGGCAGCAGGCAGUGCCUGUCUGAGUAAAUAAAUGCUGGCAGCCAGCAGCUGGACACA